AUGUCUUCUAGUCCUCCGCCAUAUACAGACAUUGUGCAUACGGACUGGGAGCCGCAACCACUCGUGCCCAAGCCACUGCACAUCCGUCCACGAUAUACGCCGCCGCUGGUUCGGUCCAACACGACAUCACACAAUAAUGCGCCGGUCCAUUAUAUAGAUAAUAUCAACAAAUCACCUCUGUCGAGGUCGCUGCGCGGGUCGCCAAACUCGUCCAUCUCACAGCUUUCCACCAUGUCCGAACGAUCGAGGUCCACGCCGCUGAUGCGGAUGUUGCUAUCGGGGGAGGUCAGUGGAGAGGCACCAAGGGAUCUCAGCUACAAAGAAAGAUUCAACAGAUGGAUGGUCAACGAGGGUUCGCGGCGCGUGGUGGUCACUGUUUUCAUACUGGUGCACUGCAUGAUCUUUGCGUUUGGAUUCAUGAACUACCAACUCAAGGACAACCUGACAAAUGCAAGAGGAACGUUCGGCAUCACAUACCCUAUCGCUCGCUCGGCGGCGCUGUGUCUACACUUCGACGUGGCUUGUAUUCUCCUUCCAGUCUGUCGGACACUCAUCUCGUUGGCUCGACAGACGCCUCUCAACGGCAUUAUUCCCUUCGACAAGAACAUCACCUUUCAUAAAUUGAUCGGCAUUGCGAUCGUUUUCUUCACGUGGGUGCAUACCAUCGCCCACCUCAACAACAUCGCCCAGCUCGCAGCGAAGAACAAGCUGGGCUUCGUGGGAUUUCUCAAGGGCAAUUUCUUGACCGGGCCCGGCUGGUCUGGGUGGGUCAUGACCGUAGUCCUCAUGGCUAUGUUUGGCACGGCGCUCGAGGGACCUCGUCGCGCCAACUUCGAGCGGUUCUGGAACAUGCAUCAUCUAUUCAUCGUUUUCUUCGUUUUCUGGUCGAUCCAUGGCGCCUUCUGCAUGAUCCCGGCAGACAACCAGCCGUUCUGCUUCGGCACGGGGGUGUUCUGGCAGUACUGGAUGGUGGGCGGGUUUGCGUACCUCAUGGAGCGAGUGUUGAGGGAGAUUCGUGGACGGCAUAAGACAUAUGUCAGCAAGGUCAUUCAGCAUCCUUCGAACGUGGUUGAGAUUCAGAUCAAGAAGGACAAGACGCGGACUCGGGCUGGGCAGUAUAUCUUCUUGUGCUGUCCGGAGGUGUCGAUAUGGCAGUACCAUCCUUUCACGCUUACGUCGGCGCCCGAGGAGGACUACAUCUCCGUGCACGUCCGUAUGGUUGGCAAUUUCACCAAGGCUUUGGGCAAGGCUCUUGGUGUGGAGGACAAGAAGCCUGGGGACAAGAAGGAUCGGUCAAAGGUCGUUUCGAUGGCUCCGUUGACCGCAGGCAACAACAAGAACGACAUGAAGCUUACCAAGCUGCUGCCUCGGGUCUAUAUCGAUGGGCCUUUUGGGUCGGCAUCGGAGGAUGUCUUCAAGUUCGAGACUGCUCUGCUCGUCGGCGCCGGUAUUGGUGUCACACCCUUCGCCUCAAUCCUCAAGAGCAUAUGGUACCGCAUGAGCAAUGCAUCAGCCAAGAAGACCCGUCUCCGCAAAGUCUACUUCUUUUGGGUCUGCCGUGACUUUGGCAGUCUGGAGUGGUUCAAGUCCCUCCUGCACGCCAUCGAAUCGCAGGACAAGUCACAUGCUAUUGAGAUUCACGCCUAUCUGACAGCUAAAAUCUCCGCGGCAGACGCCUCCAACAUCAUCCUCAACUCCGGUGAGACCGACGCCAUCACGGGCCUGCGCACGCCGACGAAUUUCGGCAGACCGAAUUGGGACAUGGUGUUCCGCGCGAUCAGGAAGAUACAUUCGCCGGGCGAGUGUGGCGUCUUCUUUUGCGGCCCCAAGGGGUUGGGGAGUCAGUUGCAUGUCAAGUGCAACAUGUACACGCAUGCUGGGGCCGGGGAGAAGGGGAAGGAGGGGGAGUAUAAGUUCGUGUGGGGGAAGGAGAAUUUCUAG